AUGGUCGUUAAACUCUAUGCAAAGCCUUCGAUUAGCGCUGGGGGCGGCGUUGUCGCCCUUGUGCUCGCAGAGAAGCGAAUUCCAUUCGAGUACAUCGUGCUCGACUAUGCUGGCAAAGAGCAGAAGGGGACGGCCCAUCUGAAGCGCAAUCCAUUCGGCCAGGUCCCGGUAGUGGACGAUAAUGGGUUUGUGAUCUACGAAACUCGCGCGAUUUGUCGAUACCUCGUUGAGAAAUACCCCGACCAUGGGCCUUCUCUUCUCCCUGGACCGUCUCUGGAAGAGCGCGCAAUCUUCGAACAAGCAGCAUCUGUGGAGGUCACCACGUUCUUCCCAGCCGUCACCAAACUCGGCUGGGAGAUGCUGGGGAAGCCGAAACGCGGUCUCGAGGUGGACGAAGCCGCGCUGGCAAACAUGCUGGAAGACUUCGCUGCAAAAAUGGACGUCUACGAACAGAUUUUGAGAAAGCAGGAGUACAUUGCUGGUAAUGAUAUAACUCUCGUCGACUUGUUCCAUCUGAUUUCGAUGCCUGCCUUCUCUAUCGAGGGCACCGCUAAUAUCAUGGGAGACGAAAGGCGCCCGAAUGUGAUCAGAUGGUGGAAGGCAGUUACAGCUCGCCCCGAAUGGGUCAAUUUGCGCCAGCAUGGAAUCAAAAGCAUCAUAUAA